AUGCUUCUUGGCUUAGUAAGCUUUAUGAUCUCACCUAUAACGGUUACGGCCGUCGCUCCAAGGUGCACUGAAUUCCCUUAUGUGUCCCUAUUAGAAGACAUGAAAAGUCGUAUCGGUAACGAUAUAGAUCAGCUUCGGGACAGACAAGGAAAAAAUGCUAGCGAUAAACCAGAAUACAAUUGCACACUGCAGCCAUAUGGUUUGACUUCAAAAGGCUAUACAGGAAAUCCUUACUACCUAAGAACUAUUAGUCCCUUUGACCCUAAUCCAAAGUAUAAAAAAGUGUUGCUGAUAACAUAUUUCAAUGGAUACUGUUGGCAACUGGAAAAGACCGUAAAUGUUACAGCUAAACGUAAAGGUGUUUCAAACAUGUAUCUGGGAUUUAAUACGGCUAAAAAAUAA